GAUGGGCACUUCUGCAACUGCUGUUAGUGGUAUCUGCCUCUUAUGCUGAGGAGCCAGUGUGCAGGCGUAGAGGAGAUCCUGAGAACCCACUGCUAUCUAAGAAUGGGGAUAUUAUACUGGGUGGGGUGUUCUCUGUUCACGCAAGCUGGAAAGACAGAAAAGAUUCCUACAUGAACAAACCUCUGCCACUACAAUGUACCAGUUUAAAUUUCAGAGAUUUGCAGUUUUCCCAGGCUAUGCUUUUUGCCAUUGAGGAAAUUAAUAACAGUACAGACCUACUACCAGGAAUCUCUGUGGGCUAUAAAAUCUAUGAUGAUUGUGGAUCUGAUGCCAGAAGCGCAGGAGUUACACUGGCUUUAGCUAAUGGAAAUGAAAUUGUGUCUGUACCGUCAAAGGCACCAUGUACCAGACCUGCACAUGUGCAGGCCAUUAUAGGAGCGACCUCUUCUUCUACAACCAUAGCAGGUUCUACUGUCGUCGGACCUUUUUUUAUACCAGUGAUCAGCUACUUUGCCACAUGUGCUUGUCUCAGUGACAAAACUAAGUACCCAUCCUUCCUCAGAACAAUACCCAGUGACUACUACCAGAGCAGAGCCCUGGCACAUUUGGUCAAGUAUUUUGGAUGGACUUGGGUUGGAGCUAUCAGAACCAACAGUGAUUAUGGAAAUAAUGGCAUGGCCACAUUCACAGAAACUGCGCAGCAGCUGGGCAUCUGUCUGGAGUAUUCUGUAUCUUUUUUUAGAACAGAUCCAUAUGCCAAAAUACAAAGGAUAAUUGACUUCAUAAAGGCUUCAACCUCCAAGGUUAUUGUUACAUUCCUUGCCCGUGCAGAUUUUCAUGUGCUGCUACAAGAGUUUUCGUAUCAUAACUUGUCUGGGUACCAGUGGGUAGGCAGUGAGACUUGGAUAUUUGAUUCACGAACUGCAGAAAUGGACAUACAUCACAUAUUGGAUGGUGCCAUAGGUCUUUCCAUUCCUAAAGCACAUGUCACUGGCCUGAGAGAGUUCAUACUGAAUGAGAAGCCACUGAAUUCAUCUAAUAAUGAACUGUUCAUUCAGUUCUGGGAGACAUUAUUUAGUUGUAAGUUUAAGGAGUCAUCAUCAGACAUUCAGAGAGAGUGUACUGGACAUGAAGAUGUGACUGGAGUUCAAAAUAGCUUCAUUGACAUGUCUCUCAUGCCUCUCUUUAACAAUGUCUACAAAGGAGUGUAUGCAGUGGCCCAUGCACUUCACAAUAUCCUCAGCUGUAACAAAACAUGUAACAGAAAUGUGCAACUAGAUCCAUUCAUGGUUCUGCAACACAUACGAAAGAUCCAUUUCACAACAAAGGAAGGAGAUGAGGUUUACUUUAAUGAGAAUGGAGAUCCAGCAGCAAAGUAUGAAAUUAUAAACUGGCAGCCACGAGAAAAUGGCAUUAUGGAGUUUGUCACAGUUGGUCUUUAUGAUCCAUCAUUAGUUCCAGAAAAACAGCUAAAUCUGCAAAACAAGUCUUUAAUUUGGGCAAGAAACUCAAAGCAGGUGCCUGUGUCAGUUUGCAGUGAGAAAUGUCCUCCAGGAACACGCAAGGUUCUCCAGAAAGGAAGGCCUGUUUGCUGCUAUGACUGUAUAAGAUGUGCAGAGGGAGAAAUCAGCAACAUUACAGAUUCUAUCACCUGUGUGAGAUGUCUACCUGAGUUUUGGUCAAAUGAAAGAAGAGAUGCCUGUAUAAAGAAGGAAGCAGUAUUUCUAUCAUAUGAAGACAUUAUGGGUGCAAUUCUUACUGCAGCAUCUUUAUUUGGGGCAUGCAUGACGAUUGGUGUGAUAUUAAUUUUCUUCAAGUAUAGGAAAACUCCUAUUGUGAGAGCAAACAACUCUGAACUGAGCUUCCUGCUGCUCUUCUCCUUAAUUCUGUGCUUCCUGUGUUCUCUGACAUUCAUCGGUCAGCCCUCUGAUUGGUCCUGUAUGCUGCGACAUGUAGCAUUUGGCAUCACCUUUGUCCUCUGUAUCUCUUGUCUUCUGGGAAAAACAAUGGUUGUUUUAAUGGCCUUCAGAGCUACACGUCCAGGUAGUAAUGUUCAGAAAUGGUUUGGGCAGACACAGCAGAGACUCUGUGUUACGGCAUUCACGCUUAUACAAGUGAACAUAUGUAUCAUUUGGCUAACAACUUCUCCUCCUUUUCCAUUUAAGAAUUUUAAGGAGAUUAAAGACAAGAUCACAUUGGAGUGUGCCCUAGGCUCAGCUGUAGGCUUUUGGGCUGUGCUUGGUUAUAUAGGACUUCUGGCUAUUUUAUGUUUUAUUUUUGCAUUUUUAGCUCGAAAACUACCUGAUAAUUUCAACGAAGCCAAAUUUAUCACUUUCAGCAUGCUGAUAUUCUGUGCAGUAUGGAUUACAUUUGUCCCAGCAUAUAUCAGCUCUCCUGGGAAGUUCAGUGUUGCUGUAGAAAUAUUUGCUAUACUUGCUUCCAGUUUUGGACUGCUAAUUUGCAUCUUCAUACCCAAAUGUUAUAUAAUCUUAAUGAAACCUGAGAAGAAUACAAAGAAAUACAUGAUGGGAAAGAAAGCACCAAAUUCACUCUGA